AUGUCCUCUCACCAGCAGCAGUUAGAGCAGCAGCGAGCGGCGGAGGCUUACUAUAGGAACAUGACUCCGGAGCAAUAUCAGGCUUAUUAUAACCAGUAUUAUGCUCAACAGCAGCAACACCAACAGUACCAGCAAGGAGGCUACGGCUAUCCGCAAUCGGCGGCUACCAGCGGUAAUCGGAAAUCCCGUGGUGGCGUUGCCUCGGCCGCGGCAGCCGCGGAUGCGUACCAGAAGUACUACCAAGACUACUAUCAGCAAUACGGCGUGUAUCCCGGCGGGGCGUACGGGCAAGGUCAGGCCGCCGUGGCUGGCGCCUCUGGCGCGACAUACGGGGCUUCUGCGGGUGGAUAUCCGCAUGGCGCCAGCUCACAUUCCGGUGCAGCAUCCUCUUCAUACCAUGAAGGAUACACGGGCGGGGCGGGGCAGGCCUCGGUGGGGGGUUUGGACGCAGAGGGAGUGAAAAAACUGGUCGCCAAAAACGAACGCCUCAUGGUCAAGAUACUGGAGUGCGAAAAAGCGUUGGAAAAAACGGGUCCCAUCCCUCGUCAAGACCUCUUGGAUCGAGUGAACAAAUUUAAAGGUCGACUGCAGGCGCAUCUGACCAAGAUGGCGACCUGGAUGGACAAGAGCAAGUACGAACGCAGCAGACGGUUCCAGCCACAGAAAGCGACCUACCGCACGGUGGUGUUGGAGAACAAGAUCCUUAAGGAACCGCGCGCGGCUGCCAACUCCUCCUUGGUCGCCGCCUCGGCGCCUGGACAGGGGGCCCAUCAGCGACAGGGGAGCGGUGGGCGGGCGGCCUCUGCCUCCUCCUUCUACCAAGCGGCCACCACCGCCAUGCAGCCUUCGGCCGCCGCCGCGACAGCGUCGACCGCAGCGGCCGCCACGACCCGCUCUCGGUAUUCGGGCGUGUACUAUGAUGAGCGGGGGAGUGUCUGGAGCGCCUGGCUGACCCUGGCGGGGGGCCACAACAAGUGCCUUGGGUACUUUCGGCAGGAGAUGGACGCGGUGGAGGCUCAGCAGCAGGCUAUCAGCGAGUAUCGGACCACGGGGCAGAUCACGGGGCCUUUUAAAGGGCAGUUGGGAGCGUUGCCAGAGGGGAUGCAGCCGAGCAGCGUGCAGGAGCAACACAUCAAGUCGGUCGCGGAGACCGCCAAGAAGCUCAAGGCGGAGAAGGCACGCAAGAGACGGAAGUCGGCUGCGGGGGGCGGAGAGGGAGAGGGAGAGGAGAGCGAGUACGAGGGCUCGGGGGGGGAGGCGGCAGGCGGGUCGGACUCGGAGAGGGAGGAGGGGCAUGGGAGCGGGGGGUUGGGGAUGGCGGGGGGUGCAUCCGGCGGCAACAAAAGGAAAUCGGUCAAGCAAGGCCAGGGGGUCGCGGCCUCGGCAGCGGCGUACGAGCAGUACCAGCGACAGUGGACGCCCGAGGCCAUCGCCAAGUACUACGAGGACAUGGCCAAGGCCUAUCCGGAGCAUGCCGCCUACUACCAGCAGCAAGCCGCUGCGCACGUCCUCCAGCAGCAACAGAUGGCAGCGGCUGCCGCUGCUGCGGCCGGCCGGGACACGGGGCCCGGGACGGGCCAGCCGGCGGCCCUCUCCUCGCUCUACACGCAGCAACAACAGCAGCUCCUUCGUCAGCAGCAACAGUCAUAUCCAGGCGCGAUGGGGGGACUCGGGGGCGCAGCCUCGGCGGAGUUGAAGGAGGGGGAGCGGAUCAAGGUGCGGGUGACGGUGAACGGGGCGGCGCUGAACCCGGAGCCCCAUCCGCUCUAUAUCCGGAAGGGCGUAGUGGCCACGGCCAUGUAA